AUGAGGAAGCUGAAGUACCAUGAGCAGAAGCUCUUGAAGAAGGUCGACUUCUUGCAGUGGAAGAGCGACCAGAACAUCCGCGAGAUUCAGGUCCUUCGAAGAUAUCUGGUGCAGAACAGAGACGACUACGUCAAGUACAACAAAAUCGUUGGGCUCAUCACGAAGCUCACAGCCAGACUCAAGACCUUGGAUGCGAGCGACGAGUUCCGGAUAAAGAUGACCGAACAGCUGCUGGAAAAGCUGUUUGCGAUGGGGAUCAUCAACACGAAGAAAAGUCUGGCUAAGACGGAGACAGCCAGCGUGUCUUCCUUCUGCAGACGACGAUUACCGGUGGUGAUGGUGAGACUCAAGAUGUCCGAAACACUCACGGAGGCUACGACGUACAUCGAGCAGGGGCACGUUAGGGUGGGUCCCCACGCUGUCACGGAUCCAGCGUUUCUGGUGACCCGAAGUAUGGAAGACUUUGUGACCUGGGUGGAUGGCUCAAAGAUCAAGCGCGCCAUCAAGACAUACGAGGACAAAGUGGAUGAUUUCGAUCUGCUGGGGGAGGGGUAG